UGACAAAGACAACAGGAAGAAAAAAAAUUCAGGAAAUCGGUGACAAUAACAUCCGGUUCGUCCUUCGAUCAAAAUGCUGCCUCGCAAUCGGGCACCUCGCCUAUUUUUUUGUGUCUUUUCGCGACUCAAAAACGGGAUUCAUCCCGCAGCUUCACUAAGCGACUCGGCUUCAUGUGACGGACCAACAGAAAAACAGCAACACAAAGAUGACGGCUCGCUCGUCAAGAUGGAGAACCCGUACAAGGAGCCACGGAAAGGUUGCGUCCUCUGUAACGUCACCGUCGACUUCAAGAACAUUCAGCUUUUGUCUCAGUUCAUCUCGCCGCACACGGGAAGGAUCUACGGCCGCCACGUCACGGGCUUGUGUGGAGCCAAACAAAACGACGUUUCCAAAGCCAUCAAGAAGGCGCACGCCAUGGGUUUCAUGUCGGUGACGCACAAACAUCCCGACUUGAUGCGGGACCCCAACAUCUGCGGCAUCAAAAAUGUGAAUUAGCCCCCCCCCCCCCCCCCCCCAACUCCCGUCAUUGGCCAAUAAACAUAAUAUUAUUAUCCCAA